CACAGACUCGCACAAACUUACAGUACGUGCGUAUAUACCGAAUUCUGGUCGCUCCGGCAGCUACACACGGGUCGGUAUUCCAUGACUUUCUUGCCCCAUGCUUCAGUCCGUCUGCUUCCUCGGCCGCUCCUUCUCACUACAGCUCUAACAAUCUCGGAACGUACCACUCUCUCCGACCGAUAUUCUUCUCCGUGAGCUUCAAAGAAUUGAUUUGGUGGGUGAUUGCCCCACUGUAUACAGGCUGGCUAAGUCAAGUGGCUGCAUGAGAUAUGCUGACUUUUUUCUCUGCAUAGAGAGUGAAGAUUUUAAUAAUGGCUUCAAGAGCCAUCUUGCAAAGGAAGAGAAGUCUCUUCAGCCCCCUGAACCAAUCCACUUGCUUCAUUCGAGGUUUCCCAAGUUUCAAGCUUGGACAAACAUCUCAUUUAUUGGGUUCAAUCUGGGUUUUUGAUCCUCCAUUUCCAGCUGCUGAUUAUAGAAAUGAAGGAGAUUUAUCUUCAGUCAAAAAAGAUGAAUUACCAGGUCCUUUAGCAGCAGGCUUUCAUAGGAAUAACUCCUGCAUAAUUCCAAUCUUACAUUGUGAAAUUGGAAGCACAUAUUUUUUUCCUUCUUUGGGAGUUCAAUGGAUUUCACAAUGUAUUCACUAUACUUCUACUGCAACAGCCGGUCAACCUAAAAUGGCUAGUGCUAGUAAUGAUGAAAAUGAACAACAAGCUUCUAAAAAGGUAAAGGAAGCUUCACCAGAGGAGUGUGAUCAAGCAGUUGAAGGUUUGAGUACCAUUAAAGCCAAAGCAAAAGCUAAGCAGAUGAAGGAACCGCCACAGAGCGCUGAAUUUUUGAUGAAGAAAGUAUGGACCAUGCUUCUAGGAGUUGGUCCUGCAUUGAGAGCUGUUGCCUCCAUGAGCAGGGAGGACUGGGCAAAGAAGCUUCAUCAUUGGAAGGAUGAAUUUAUAUCUACAUUGCAGCACUAUUGGUUGGGCACAAAACUACUUUGGGCUGAUGUUAGGAUCAGCUCAAGGUUAUUGUUGAAGCUUGCAAAGGGAAAGAAUCUUUCUAGAAGGGAGAGACAACAACUCACACGCACCACAGCUGAUAUUUUCAGGGUAGUUCCUGUUGCAGUCUUUAUUAUAGUUCCAUUCAUGGAGUUCUUGCUGCCAGUCUUCCUGAAAUUAUUUCCCAACAUGUUACCAUCAACCUUCCAGGACAAGAUGAAAGAACAGGAGGCUUUGAAAAGAAGACUAAACGCAAGGAUAGAAUAUGCAAAGUUUCUUCAGGACACAGUGAAAGAAAUGGCAAAGGAAGUCCAAAACUCUCGUAGUGGAGAGGUUAAGAAGACAGCAGAAGAUCUUGAUGAGUUUAUCAAUAAUUUUAGAAGAGGUGGCCAUGUUUCCAACGAUGAAAUUUUGGGCUUUGCCAAGUUAUUCAAUGAUGAGCUUACUUUGGAUAAUAUUAGCAGGCCUCGGUUAGUAAACAUGUGCAAAUAUAUGGGCAUCAGCUCUUAUGGAACUGAUGCUUAUCUGCGAUUUAUGCUUAGGAAAAGAUUGCAACAGAUCAAGAAUGACGAUAAGUUGAUUCAAGCUGAGGGUGUGGAUUCACUUUCAGAAGCAGAACUUCGUCAAGCCUGUAGAGAUCGAGGAAUGCUAGGAUUAUUAUCGCUGGAGGAAAUGCAGCUACAGCUGCGUGAUUGGUUGGAUUUGUCUCUCAACCACUCUCUUCCAUCUUCCCUCUUGAUUCUUUCUAGAGCCUUCUCAGUGUCUGGUAAAAGGCCUGAAGAAGUUGUUCAGGAGGCAAUCUCCUCUCUGCCAGAUGAGGUUGUGGAUACUGUUCAAGUGACAACUUUGCCAUCUGAAGAUACUGUUUCAGACCGGAAGAGGAAGCUGGAAUUCCUAGAAAUGCAGGAAGAAUUGAUCAAGGAGGAGGAAGAGGAGGAGGAGGAAGAAGAAGCCAGGAUGAAGGAAUCUGCUAGUAGCCAAAAGGAUGUGGCUUUGGAAGAGAUGACCAUGGCAACGGCUAGAGAGGCAAGCGAACAGGCAAGAGUUAAAACAUUGGAGAAAGUGGAGCAGCUUUGCGAGCUCAGUCGAGCAUUGGCUGUUUUGGCUUCAGCAUCUUCAGUAAGCAGGGAACGUGAAGAGUUCUUGCGACUUGUCAAUAAGGAGAUAGAGAUGUAUAACAGCAUGGUGGAGAAAGAAGGUACAGAUGGUGAAGAAGAAGCUAGGAGAGCAUACAAAGCUGUUAGGGAGGACAGUGACCAUGCUGCUGAGAAAGCUAUAGGUCACAAGGUUUCUUCAGCACUUAUAGAGAGGGUGGAUGCUAUGCUUCACAAGCUUGAAAAGGAAAUUGAUGAUGUUGAUGCAAAAAUUGGAGACCGUUGGCGGGUGCUUGACAGGGACUAUGAUGGGAAAGUGACACCUGAGGAGGUUGCAUCUGCUGCGAUGUACCUCAAGGACACCUUGGGCAAGGAGGGUAUUCAGGAACUUAUCGGCAAUCUUUCCAAGGAUAAAGAAGGGAAGAUCCUGGUUGAAGACAUUGUUAGAUUAGGCAGCGAAACAGAAGAUUCUGAUACUGCCCAAACAGGGAAAUCAUAGAGGGUAUGUGCCCCAUUUAAUUAAUCCGAGCUUUUUACUUCAAUACUCAAUGCCGGCCUCCAUAUCUGAUAUCUUCGUGUUAUGCCUUACAUGAACCAAAGAAUAAAGUUAAAGAUUUUUUUAGUCUUAGCAGUUGGAAAUGGUGAUGCAUUCCAAACUGCCUCAAAAUCUAUAUAUGUAAAAGAAGAUUGAGUGUAGGAGAUGGAAGAAAUAAUCCUCUGCCAAAAAUAUGUUAUAUUUCAUAGAUGCAGGUCAUUUAUGUUCGUGUCGAUUUUGUAAACCAGUGCAUUCUGGUUCCAAACCGUGUGAUCCCGAGCUUAAGGUGUCUGAUUUUGAU